CGGCAAGAGUGUAGCCGAGCUGAGAGUGCAUGGUCGACACCAGUCGAGAAACCAGCUGGGACGUGAGACUGUCGACUGAAGCGCCUCUACAUAUUAUUCGGAACGGAUUCAUGCGAGUCCGAUCAAGGCAGCCAGUGUAUCGCAAGUGCGCACACUUGACCGGGUCGUUCUAAAAAAUUGUGAGAUUCCAUCGUAUAGUACUGUGGUACCAAUAAAUUAAUAUAAUUUGUUUCUUAUCAAGUGACGAUUAACUCCAAAAGUGUAUUCGCGGCGAUGUCAAGUGCCGCGAAAUCAUGAUUUCCGCGCCUUAAACAAACUUUUUUCUUGUACUCAAGUGUCUGGAACUGAAGGUGCAUACGCGGCAAAGUACGUGUUUUUUCAUAUUCUGUUUUUUGACGUACGAUCAUUCGAUCGGGAAACAUGUAUUCUGAUGGUCACGAGGUAGACGGCAGCUGGGUGCUGCGCGUUUACGUGACCGAUCUUCAAGUAGAGAGGAGCUUACGAGUAAAAGGAGAACUUCAUAUUGGCGGUGUCAUGCUUCGACUGGUCGAAGAUCUCGACAUCGCCAUGGACUGGUCGGAUCACGCGUUAUGGUGGCCGGAGAGAAAUCACUGGUUGACGAGAACGAGAAGCACUCUGGACCAGUAUGGGGUCGCCGCCGAUGCCCUCCUGCACUUCACACCGAUGCACAAGACUCUGAGAGUCCAACUGCCCGAUAUGCGCUGCCUCGAUUGCAAAGUCGACUUCUCUGUGAAAACGUUCAACGCCGUGAUUAAUUUAUGCAAGGAAUUAGGUAUCAGACAUCCAGAGGAGUUGUCAUUCUGCAAACCGCUCGAGCCGAAUCAUCUGAAAUACAAUUUGAAAGAUCUGCCGGCCAAGAAGAAGAUCGAGAACCAGAAGAACGGGCAUUGGAACGUUCCAGCGGAUACGAACACGUUCAUCCCGGUGAGCCAAAGUCCCAGGGGAUCGACGGGUAGCCUGGAUCAGAGCAGCCCUUUCAUGUGCGCGCCGGUCACACCCAACAACAGAAAUCACAGCACGCCGAUCAGCUCCCCCGUCUCGCAAACCGGUACCUGGAAGAGGAACAACAACUCGUCGGGUUUCGGUAGCACCGGCUCAUUCAACGCAAACAACAGUACCAUGAGUCUAGAAGUGUUGAACGGUGGACUGUCCGAGUCGUUGGCCCAGAGUCCUGCCACGAUCUCGCCGGAGGUGAGGGCAAAGUUGAUCAGGCCGAAGAAUCUUGUUGAGCGCGCAAGAAUGAACGUUGCCUGGCUCGAUUCGUCGUUGUCGAUCAUGGAGCAGGGAAUACGCGAAUUCGACACCCUCAGGUUGAAGUUCAAGUUCUAUUCGUUCUACGACCUGAACCCGAAAACCGACGCUGUCAGGAUCAACAUGAUUUACGAGCAGGCCAAAUGGCAGCUGCUCGCCGAGGAGAUCGACUGCACCGAGGAGGAGAUGCUCAUGUUCGCUGCGUUGCAGGUGCAAGUGAAUCUUCAGGCGAGUGUACCGCAGCCGAGUUACGACAGCAAUGGCGCCGCCUCCCCGAUCGAGGAUGACAUUGACGCAGCCUUGACGGAUCUCCAAGUGACCCUCGAGGGCAGUAACAUCAGUAACGGGCCCAGCGACAUCACUCAAGUGCCGGAGUUGUGCGACUACCUGCGUUUCUUGAAGCCCAAACGUUUCACUUUGAAGGCGUUUAAACGCUAUUGGGUCACGUGCAGGGACCUUCAGUUGAGAUUGUACAAGAGCCGGGAGGAGACGAACAGUACCGAGUCGCCUGCUCACGUGAUCAAUUUGCGUGGAUGCGAAGUCACGCCCGAUGUCCAUCUCUCGCAAGGUCGUUAUGGAAUCAGGUUGGAGGUGCCUAGUGCCGAGGGCAUGACCGAGAUGUGGAUCAGAUGCGACAACGAACAGCAAUAUGCUAAAUGGAUGGCAGCGUGUAGAUUGGCAGCAAAGGGUCGCUCCCUCGCGGACGCUUCUUACGAAAGCGAGGUAAACAGUAUCACUGCCUUCUUGCAAUUGCAGAGGCCCGCCCCCGCACCUGCGAUCAACCCAAACGCUCUUGAUAUCGUGCCCGAGGAUUACGUUGCUCCCAGAUUCGUGAAGAAGUUCAAAGGAAAGUUGGUCCAGAGGAUUUUAGAAGCACACGCCAACGUUAAGGAUCUACCUUUGAUCGAGGCCAAAUUGAAUUACAUCAAAGCCUGGCAAUCUCUUCCCGAGUAUGGGAUCUCUCUCUUCGUAGUCAGAUUCACUGCGAAGAGCAAGGACGAACUGUUGGGUAUCGCUAAUAAUAGGCUGAUGCGGAUGGAGCUGCACAGUGGUGAUCACUUGAAAACUUGGAGAUACAACACGAUGAAGGCAUGGAACGUAAACUGGGAAGUGAAGCAUAUGAUGGUCCAAUUCGAAGAAGAGAAUAUUAUCUUUGAGUGUCAGUCCGCAGACUGUAAAGUUGUUCACGAGUUCAUCGGAGGAUAUAUAUUUUUGUCGAUGCGAUCGAAGGAGGCAAAUCAAACGUUGAAUGAAGAGAUGUUUCAUAAACUAACUGGUGGAUGGGUUUAACGAGUCGUGAGAAAUUUAUGAGAUGAUAUUUCUUUAAAAAAA